AUGCCCAAUGAGUCUGUUGCUAGACUCUCUCAGAUCCAUGGUCCGCUCAUGAGGCUGCAGCUCGGUUUCAUCACCACCGUGGUGGUCUCGUCGGCUGAGAUGGCCGAACAGGUGCUCCAUAAGCACGACCAGGCGUUUGCGGGCCGAACCGUCAGAGACGUUGUCACCGUGUUCAACUGCCACCACCACUCGCUGGUGUUUAGUCAGAAUGGGACAAGAUGGAGAGAGCUGAGAAGGAUCUGCAACAUGGAGCUGUUCACGCUCAAGAGACUGGACAUAUUAGCAGGCAUCCGGCAAGAAAAGGUUCAAGCCCUUCUCCAGCAUGUUCACAAGGCCUGUGCGGCCGGACGUCCGCUCGAUAUCCGCUUGUGUGCGUUUGGAACCACGCUGAACUUGGUGGCAAACACAAUCUUUUCGAAGGACGUGGUGGAUCUCGAGUCGGAGUCGGCGGGAGUGAUCGACAAGCGCAUGGAGUCGGAUGCAGCUGCAAAUGGAGGGGAGAAGAAGAAGUAUGUGGAUUUGUUGGAAGUGCUUCUUGAACUCACCAGGGAGCCAAGCUCAGGGUUCACCAGGGAGAGUAUCAGGCCUUUGUUAUCAGACUUGUUGAUUGCUGGAAGUGACACAACUUCUACCACCAUAGAAUGGACCAUGACUGAACUGCAUCGACACCCAGACAAGAUGUCCACAACGCAGCUUGAGUUGACACAGACCGUCGGCACAGAACGUCUUGUGAAGGAGUCUGACAUCCAGAAACUCCCCUACUUACAAGCACUGGUGAAGGAGACCCUGCGGUUGCACCCGCCGGUUCCUCUUCUCAUUCCACAUAGAGCAGAUGUAACUACUGAGGUAUCUGGCUUCACCGUCCCUAAGAACACUCAAGUUCUUGUCAAUGCAUGGGCCAUCGGACGUGAUCCUGCCAGCUGGGAAAAUGCAACAUCCUUCUUACCAGAGAGAUUUCUAAAUUCUGAUGUAAAUUUCAAAGGAAAGGAUUUUCAUUUCAUCCCUUUUGGCGCCGGAAGGAGGAUCUGCCCUGGCAUGCCUUUAGGGGUCUGCAUGGCUCAUCUGGUGUUGGCUUCUCUCCUCCAUUCAUUUUCAUGGACUCUCCCUGAUGGGAUGGGCCCCGAGCAACUGGAUGUGAAAGCCAAGUUUGGCUUAACUCUGCAAAAAGCUAUACCUCUCAAAGUUUUCCCUUCUCCACGGUCGCUUGAUGGCCUGGAAUAAGACUAUGGAAACUUGUUGUGGAAAAACUAUUCUA